UGGUCCGAGCGGCUGGCAGUGCCAGGCUCCAUACACCAUCACCGUCUCCGUAACCGGAGGAGGAUAUAGGAGGAAGGCUCUCCUGUAAAUCCUGUCCUGCGUGCAGGUCACAGGCGCGGAGGCACGAGAGUCUGAAGAGCGGGAUAAUCGUUUAGAAAUUUCAGUGUUGACGCCGCGUCACACGCAUGUAUCGCUCACGCAUUUACUGCGUAAAACUGGAAUACAAAACUCAAUAUAGUCGGUAGCCGCUUUUGGGUGAGACGAGCCGGAUUUCUUUCCAUCUCCUCUUUAUCGGUCAUUUCCCCCCGGGGCUUCGUGUCCUUCUCUUUUAAAUGGACCAGAGACUAUAUGGAAAUGGGCAAACUUUCGCUUAAAACACACGAUUAUUCAUCCGUGGACUGGAAGCAUCUAGUGUGACUAUGGACUGUUGCCUGUCGCUGGAUUCAAUGGCUAUACGCACUUGGAACUAUGACAAUAAGAUAUGUCCGUAAUGAAACCGAGCCUGGGGUGAAGUUUGCGUUUUUUCGAGGUUUUCUCCCGAGGGGGGACGUGUUGCUUGGUCGGAUUACGGAACUGCGAGACGCAUAGAACUUGCAAACAUGCGGACUCCGGAGCGCGGAAUCGGGCUCUAGACCUGCAGGACCUGACAUAACGCAGCUAUGGGCUCCCUGACGCGUGGCGGCUGGCUGGUGGUCCCCCUGCUGCUCCAAGCGUGGCUGCACGCUGCCCCUGGUGGUCGUGUCCGUGAGCGGCCCUGUCCUCAGAGCUGCCGCUGCGACGGCAAGAUCGUCUACUGCGAGUCCAACGCCUUCCGCGACGUCCCCCGCAACGUGUCCGUGGGCUGCCAAGGCCUGUCGCUGCGCUACAACAGCCUCGCCGGCCUGCGCGCCGGGCAGUUCGCCAGCCUCGGCCAGCUGGUGUGGGUAUACCUGGACCACAACUACAUCAGCGCGGUGGACCGACAGGCCUUCCAGGGCGUCCGGCGGCUCAAGGAGCUCAUCCUCUCCUCCAACAAGAUCACGCAGCUGGACAACGCCACGUUUCACGCCGUGCCCAACCUGCGCAACCUGGACCUGUCCUACAACAAGCUGCAGGUGCUGCAGCCCGGUCAGUUCCAGGGCUUGCGGAAGCUCCUCAGCCUCCACCUGCGCUCCAACUCGCUCAAGACGGUCCCCAUGCGCGUGUUCCAGGACUGCCGCAACCUGGAGUUCCUGGACCUGGGCUACAACCGUCUGCGCAGCCUGACCCGGAACACGUUCGCCGGGCUCCUCAAGCUCACCGAGCUGCACCUGGAGCACAACCAGUUCUCCAAGAUCAACUUCUCCCACUUCCCCCGCCUCAACAACCUGCGGGCGCUCUACCUGCAGUGGAACCGCAUCCGCGUGGUCAGCCAGGGCCUCACCUGGACGUGGACGUCGCUGCAGAAGCUGGACCUGUCCGGCAACGAGCUGCAGACGCUCGACCCCAGCAUCUUCCAGUGCUUGCGCAACCUGCAGACCCUCAACCUGGACUCCAACAAGCUGACCAACGUCUCCCAGGAAGUGGUGGACGCCUGGCUCUCUCUGACCAUCAUCAGCCUGUCCAGCAACACCUGGGAGUGCAGGGCCAGCAUCUGCCCCCUGGUGGCCUGGCUGAGGAACUUCAAGGGCAACAAGGAGACCACCAUGAUCUGCGCUGGCCCCAAGGAGGUGCAGGGGGAGAAGGUGAUGGACGUGGUGGACAACCUGAGCAUCUGCAAGAACACGCCGGCCCCCUCGGCCCCGCGGCCCUCCUCCGUGCCGAGCUCCCGCUCCAACGCCGGACGCCCGCCCUUCCCCACGCUCUCCCGGCCGGACGAUGCGGCCAGCGGGGGGGGUUUGGUGGUUCCGUCCCCGUCCUCUGGCGGGGCCUCGAUCCCCGAGCAGGACUUCGAGCACGUGUCCUUCCACAAGAUCAUCGCGGGCAGCGUGGCGCUCUUCCUGUCCGUGGCCAUGAUCCUGCUGGUCAUCUACGUGUCGUGGAAGCGCUACCCGAGCAGCAUGAAGCAGCUGCAGCAGCACUCGGCGGCGCGCGGAAAGCGCCGGAAAAAGGCCCGGGACAGCGGCGGCCGCCGCCUCAGCCCCCCCCUGCAGGAGUACUAUGUGGACUACAAGCCCACUAACUCAGAGACCAUGGACAUGCUGGUCAACGGCACGGGGCCCUGCACCUACACCAUCUCCGGCUCACGCGAAUGUGAGGUAUGACCCGCCCGUCGCCCGCUCACACUACUGUCCUCUGUGGGCAUGCCGAGUCCUGUGUGUGUGUGUGUGUGUGUCUGUGUGUGUGUGUGUGUGUGUGUAUGUGUGUGUAUUUGUGUGUGUGUAGGACAGGAAUCGGGUCAGUGCAUGGGGACUUGAGUCAAACACACACCAGCACACUGGGCUGGCUCCAGCUGGUCCAAGGCAGCUCUGGUCAGUACGAUUUGCAGCGUCCGCUGCCGUCAAAACACAGUAAGAGGCCAGACCAUGUGCGCUACGUUUGAGAUCAAGUAUCUAUGCAGUGAAUCUUUUUCCAGCCUCUCUGUGUGUGUGUGUGUGUGACUCUGUGUAUGUGAUCAUCUCUUUGCAGUCCUCUGUGUGUGUGUGUGUGUGUGUGUAUGUGUUCACUCUUGUGUACAAUGCCAUAGGCAGUGAAAGAUGCUGAGUGCAAGUCUAACAGGUUGUCUGUUGAAAGUGGGAGAAUAUUUAAUUUAGUGUUGUGCUGUGCUCAUGGUGGACUCGUUUUCGUUUUUGGAUGGCGACAAAUGUGCCAACAGGCGCCAAGAGGUGUUUUCAGUGUUUAUCUUCAAAAGGAGCGUUUUAGUGCCUAAUCCUUGUGUCACUAGUCACCUGAGAUAAAAAGCGGUAGAAAGAACGACCAGUCAGGGUGACCAGUCGAUGGGUCACUCACAGUCAGGUGGACCAGUCGAUGGGUCACUCACAGUCAGGGUGACCAGUCGAUGGGUCACUCACAGUCAGGUGGACCAGUCGAUGGGUCACUCACAGUCAGGGUGACCAGUCGAUGGGUCACUCACAGUCAGGUGGACCAGUCGAUGGGUCACUCACAAUCAGAGGCAUCUCUGUGGAGAUGCUUCAGCUCGGGAGAAAUAUAUUUAGAUUUUGUGAGUUGCAGCUAACCAAACUGCUCCCGUUUUCUAGUAUGUGAUGUGAUGUGUGUGUGUGUGUGUGUGUGUGUGUGUGU